AUGGGGAAACAACGCUCAUCGCCAUCGAUGAGGAAGAAAGUUCAGAGGAAGCAUCUUAUGGAGCUGCUGCGUACCACCGCAAGGCCUCCGCAAGAACGCUGGAGCAUCAGGGAAAGCGUGAACUUCAAGAUUGCCCUAGGAAGGUUUGGUGAGGACUGGCCAAGAGUUGCACAGUUCGUCAGCACAAAGACUACCCACCAGAUCAGUGUCUAUGCUGAAGAAUAUUAUUAUCUUAAACAUCCACGGACACAAUCCAGGUGA